ACACCGAGCCGGAAUCGAACCCGAGCCACAUUGGUGGGAGGCGAGCGCUCUCACCACUGCACCAUCCCUGCUCCCCACUUUUCGUCAAGUUUCUCUAAAUCGGCUAUAACGUGUGGAGACCGAGAGCGAGUUUAUAUCGCAGGCGCAAGUUCGGAAGAGUGUUCAGAUUCCGAAACAAUGUAGAGUUUCGAAAGUAACAACCCUCGUGCCUUUCGUAUUCGGCAGCUAUUUCCUUUCGCUACUGCAUUUUAGCUUUUGCACUACAUGUGAGACGAUUCAGCUCGCUGAAAUAUGCGGUUAAUGUAAUAUUCGGCUGUUUUCGUUUCAAUAAAAGGUAUAAUGGAGUAAGUCUUCAAAGUCAGUGAAGUCCUCCAUAACUUAACAUACAGGCCACGCCCGGCUAGAAUUUUUCUGUAGGUGCUCUAUUCGAACGAUUUUAGCUACAAAUCAACCCGUGAAUAUUUUUCGGGAAAGGAACCAGUGUCGUGUGUCUCUCCAGCCAUCUUUUCGUCGUACCGAGGCUCCCCAAGUUGGGAGAGACGGGCAGUUCUGGGGACCGGACCAGAAUGGCCUUACCAGUACCUGAACAUAAUUGAGCCGUGAGGAGUAUGGGGAGAACAGAGGAAACUUCUCUCCCAAAGAAAGCAAAAACCUGGCUACUCAAGCUACUCCCCAAUCGUCCGGAAUUGGGGAGGAAUUGGUCUAUUUACAUAGCAUGCAAUGAGUGGAACUAAGUUUGACAUUUCGUGACUUUUUGUAUAAAAUAACAAUGACUGAGACCAGGUUUGCUUGCUGUUAGUUCUUCAUGUACUCAGGUUAGUUCCACCUCGAUUUGUUUCCGGUUACCUUUCAUUUUGUGGUUUGGGUGACACUGUAGUGGCUAGUGUCAAGGAGACUUCAUGUAAAAAUAAGUAAGUGUAACAUUUGGUUACACUCAUUGAGAGCUAAGGUCUUCCUCAUUGUGCACCUGUUAUCAGUCAGUUUGCUGAAUCAGCUGCUCAUAUAAUAUUCCCAUUUUAUUCCAUCUUUUAUAUGAAUGCAAAACUUCAAAACUGCGGUCACUCACAACAGGAAGUCGCAGACUGUGGGUAGUUAAAGAGCUAGAUGGUGGUAUAGAAAACCGCUUGUAUCACAAGCAAAAGUGACCUUAUUAAUCCCCAGGCAAAGUUUUCACAAGACAACAACAGUCCAUUUUGUGCAUUGUGUUAAUUGCUAAGGCCAAAAUCGUAGCAUCGCUGUAGAUGAUCAUAACCUUGAUAUAUUAUUAGCAGUUUGCUAAUUUUUUGAUGGAGAACGGUCAAGUCAGGGAGAAUACAGGAGAGCAAUUACUAAAUUUGGAAUGGAGUGAAGCUGAAAAACUCAAAGUCCAUCGCGGUUCCGCUUUGCUCGAAGCUGUGCGAGAUGGAAUUGUAAACUUUGUGAAUGAAGCACGUGGAAAAAGGGACAUCACGAAAGGUAUCGACAAGCUAAACGAGGCUGGAUUCGCUCCACUUCACAAAGCGGCGCAAAACGACCAAACCGACAGUGCUAAGUCCUUGUUAGAUCAAGGUGCAGACAUUGACGUGCGAACGAGAGAGGACAAGCUGACACCGUUGCACAUCGCUGCUAGAUUCAACUGCGUGGCAACCGCUAAGUUACUGAUCGAGAGGGGUGCAAACCCUUCUUUAGUAUCAACCAAUGGUAGCACGGCAUUACACUUUGCAGCGCACCGAGGAAAUGACCAAGUGGCGGAACUUCUUGUACAUCAUGCCAAAAUUGACGUCGACUCGAAAGACUCCGCCUACAUGACCCCACUUCACCUAGCCUGUGUCAGUGGAAAUGCCGCCAUUUCAAGGAUGCUUCUUGGCCAAGGAGCCGACAUAAGAGCUAAAUCCACAGAACUUAUGACUCCUCUUCAUACUGCUGUUUACAAUGGGAACAGUGACGUCGCUGCCAGGAUUUUGCGAGCGGCAACUGAGGCAAAGAAGGAAAAUACAGAGUUGUUUGACGAUCGAGACGUGGGUUGCAACACAGUUCUUCAUCUGGCGGCGGGAACAAAUGAUCUGAAGACGGCGCAAGCGUGUCUUGCGCACGGCGCGGACAUAAACGCGGUCAAUUCUAACAAGGAGACGCCUCUCUACGUGGCAACAGUGAAAGGAAAUUUGCAAAUGGUCGAGUUAUUGGUCCAGAAAGGAGCUGAUAUGAAUGUCAAGAACGCAGACUCAAAAUCGGUCCUUCAUAAGGCGGCUUUGUUUAAACGGGAUGACAUCAUUUCGUUUCUCCUUGACCAUGGCGUGCCCAUUGACACACGUGAUGCACAAAGCAGCACGCCUUUCCUGGACGCUGUAGCCGCUGGUCAGACCAAAUGUGCUCAACUUCUUCUUCAGAAAGGAGCUGACAUCAAAACGAGUGAUAUUCACAUGAAGAACUGCAUUCACAUGGCGGUUGAGAACGAAUAUCUAGAGACACUGCUCAUGCUCCUGAAGCAAAGUUCUGUGUUGUGGAACCUCUAUAGACCUGAUGUCACAGAGAGAGUUCCUUUGCAUUAUGCUGCCAUGGUAAAAGAUGUCAGGAUAAUGAAUGCACUUCUGGACAAACAAACACGAUUCACAUUCCAUGACGAGGCUCAACAAACCCCUCUGCAUCUUGCUGCCCAGUACGGAAGGUACGAACAGGUGGAUGUGCUGGCGCGACGAGUCGCCUCUGGACUGAAUGAACGAGAUGAGCAAGGACGGACACCACUUCAUAAUGCAGUCAUGAAUGGACACAGGAAAACUUGCUCCAUUCUACUGAAACUCGGAGCUGACGUAUGUAGCAAGGAUAACAACCACUGGACACCAUUAAUGUGGGCGUCAAAGUUGAGCCGGGUGAAGGCAUGUCAAGAGCUACUGAAUGUCAAAGUGCCAGUGGACGACGUCAAUAUGGACGGAGACACCGCUCUGCACAUUGCCUGUCGGCAGGAUCACGUGACCAUUGUAAACUUGCUGUUAACAAAUGGCGCAAGUUUGAACGUUUGCAACAGGCAGAGUCUCACGUGUUUAGAGACAGCAGCCCAGGCAGGGAACAGUGAAGUGGCGUUGGCUAUGGUCACACAUCCAAGAUGGCCUGAAUUAAUGGAACACAAGGACAUACAUGGCCACACACCUAUGAAGCUCCUAAUAGAGCACUUUCCAGAAAGUGCCGAGCUGUUGAUGGACCGCUGUGUUAAACGAUCGGAGAUGACGAGCUCCAACGAUCCACAGUACACCGUUACUUACGAUUUCCGUCUUCUAGACCCAGGCCCCGACGAUCCUGCUUUCCUAAACGGGCGGCGUUUCUUUGGGCCGAGUACUAUGGUGAAACACGAGCGUAAACAGCUACUCCUUCACCCGUUGACUCAAGUGUUGUUAAAUCAGAAAUGGUCAACCCUCGGGCGCUUCGUCCACUAUUUCAACUUUCUGUCCUACCUGGUUUUUGUCACCCUCUUUUCCACUUUUAUUGUCAUCGAAAGAGAAGAGUUUGCUUCCGGAAGACAUCGGCUUUUCUCGUAUUACGAGAGAGAUACGUAUCAACGGAAAGGAUUGUCCUACAUAGUAUUUAGCUUUACAGUUGUCCAUCUCUCAAAGGAGAUACUGCAAAUAUCAAUCGAGCGGUUUAAGUACUUCAUGGAAAUCAGCAAUGCCGUGGAAUGGGCGCUCUAUGGGACGGCGUUUGCUUUCAUGAUACCAUUUGUCAUGCCUGAUGACGUCGUUGAAGAUCAUUUCAAGGCCAUGAUGCAUCCCGACCGUCUUUGGAUAGUGGGUGUGACGUCAAUAUUUCUUUGCUACGCAAACUUGGUCCUGUUUCUCCGCCGAUUUCGCCUAUUUGGUAUUUAUGUGACCAUGUUUCUAGAAGUCACUCAGACUCUUUUCAAGACUGUGUUUGUCUUCUUCGUCUGCCUCGUUGGCUUCUCAAUUGUUUUCUUCGUUCUCUUUAAAGAGCAGCCGGCAUUUCAGAAUCUGGGACGGGCCUUGAUCAUGGUCUUGGUGAUGACUGUCGGAGAGAUUGACUUCGAAGACACCUUUAUCGACACGAUUGACAAGAAUAGUACAUCGACUGAUAAGCCUCUUAACCCGUUCCCAGAAGCCUCAUUUGUCUUCAUCAGCAUCUUCCUGCUGCUUAUGACUAUCAUUCUGAUGAACCUGCUGGUUGGUUUAGCUGUGGGUGACAUUGAUGCUAUUCGCCAGAAUGCUACGCUUAAGAGGUUGGCUAUGCAAGUCGAGUUUGUAGCUGAGGUAGAAGAUAGAUACCCAAGAGUCGUCACGCGGCGAGUUUACCAGCCAACACUGAUUUUCAGGCCUAACUGUCCAACUCGAUGGUGGAGGUUGAUAGGUCUCCUUGGAAUGAAGAACCUCUUCGCCCUUAACUCUGGACUUCCCACUGAAGAAGAACAGUCCAAUUUAUCAGAGUACGCCGAGAUUAGAAAACAACUCGUCAAAACUAAGAAGCGCUUCAAAAGGCUGGUGAAUGUGCUUGAGGCUCAGAAUACAGUGUUACGAAGAUUAGCCAGAAAAAUUGAUCCCGAGGCCGAAAUAGACGACGGAAACCUGGGCACGACUAUGAUGGAGGAACAGAAAGCUUUGGCUCAAGACUUCCUUUAUGACCCGCGAGAUGAGCAGUCGCCAGUGGAGGCCUCUAUGGACAGGCCAUAUAAAACUUACGUUUAAUCCUAUUUAACGAAGUAUUGGAGUGCUUCUAAAUGUUUUUAGUAUAAAGCUACAAGCGUUCUAUCGCGAAUGCCGUCUAUUGAUUGGCUACGCUACUCACUACCUAUAUUCU